AUGGCACCUCGGAUAUCUCGAGCCAUUCUAAUUGCAUCGGGUGCACUAACUGGACUCGUAGCCAUAGCAGCUGUAUCUUGGCUAAGAAACAGGCAGCAAACCAAUGGAUUAUCACCCUCAUCAUCUAGCAGCGCUUUUCAUGGCAGCACAUCCACACAAGCAAAUUCAAGUGAACAUGCAUCCACACACAGUAGACCCAAUCGACUACGACGUUCUCGCACCGUUCGCAGACGAAGAAACAACAAUGCCAACCGAAAUCUGACAGACAGCAAUGAUGUUGAUACAAAUGCGCUGCUGUCAGAGGCCGAGGAAGACGCUGAUAAUCGAAAGAUGUUGUCAUUAUUCAAAGAGUGGGGCGAAGAUGACAAUCGAAAUCUGUUGAAUUUGCUGCACGCUAUAUCAGAAAAUCAAUCACGCAAAGAGGGAUUUAUUCAUCGAGGCAUCACUUGCAACAAAUGCAACAUGUCGCCCAUUCGAGGUAUACGCUACAAGUGUGCCAAUUGCGUGGAUUUCGAUCUCUGUGAAAUGUGUGAAGGUGCUAAUAGUCAUGUCAAUACGCAUGUGUUUCUGAAGAUCCGCAUCCCUAUUCCACCACUUGCGAAUCCAAGAAGCGCAUUACUGCCUGCAUUCUAUCCAGGGAAGCACCACAACAAACCGCCUAUAUCCGCAGAGAAAUACAGGGAAUUGCAAUACACAUCACACUUCGAUCAAGUGGAAUUGGAGGCCUUGUACGAGCAAUUUAAAUCACUGUCGACAGUGGAUAAAGACGAGGGCGGCAUAGAUCGAGAAACAUUUGAGCAAUGUUUGGGCCCUCUGGGCUUAGAGAAGAAUCUCAUUACAGAACGCAUUUUUGCCUUCUUUGACCAGGAUGGUGAUAACAUUAUCAACUUUUCCGAGAUUGUAGCAGGCUUAAGUGUGUUGUGCAAAGGCAAUUUGGAUGAAAAGAUAGAAUAUGCUUUCAAAGGCUAUGACUUGGAUGAAGAUGGAUACAUUUCUCGGGACGAGCUGUACCGCAUGUACAAAUCGUACUUUUAUCUGUCAAUGGAACUCGUGAGAGAUGUAGUUAGCGCUAUGGAGGAUGAAAUGAUGGAUACAUUUGAGUUUUCUGCUUCACAGCCAGUCAGUGCUGCAUUCAAUGUAGCCAUGCCAUCUACACCGUCAGACCGCAAUUUAAGCGAGGAGGAGGGGGACGAAGGGGACGAGCAAGACGAGGAAUAUGACAAAAACAGUAAAGAUCAAGACACAUCAGCAUCAGCAGGGCCAUCUCGCACUAGGAAAAACAAAAAGAAGCGAUAUCCCUUGAAAGAAGACCACUUUUUACGACAAUAUGCAAUAGAAGCUGAACAGGCAAAAGCAGUGGCCAGUGCCUCUGAAGCUCAAAUAGACGCCAUGACAGACAACGUGUUGCGCUCAGACAGUCAACAACUCUCCUUGUCUUCCCCAGCUUAUACUAACAAUGACAGUACGCAGACAGCCACAUUGUCACCACAGUUGAAUCAUAGAUCAGAGCAGCAGCAAGACAAAAAGGCAUGGGAGGAGAAAUUUCCCAUCAUGGAAACCAUGUCUCAAGGCGCUAUCAAUGAAAUGGUGGACAAGACAUUUAAAAGCAUCCAAACCGAAAGAGAAGGAUACAUCAAUUUUGAGGAAUUCAAAGAGUGUGUGCAGACAGACUCCAGCAUCGUGAGCUGGUUUGAGGCUUUGGGCACCGUCUUUUAA